AUGUCAAACAGCUGUUUUUGGUCCUCCCGCUCCAAUUAUCACUCCAAGAACCCAUUUUUACCCAAGAAUAGUGGGAGGGGAAGAUUUAGGAGAAAGGCCAUUGCUGGCCUGGAUUUUGGUGUGUUUGAGACUGCUCAGUCAGUUCUUCAAGCAGCUGGAGUGUUAACUGCUGUCAUUGUUGCAUAUGAAAGUGGUCAUUUUUUGGCAGCUUAUCUUCAGGGCAUCCAUUUGAGUAAAUUUUCCGUUGCGUUUGGUCCAAUCUUAGCUAAAUUUAAUUCAAACAAUGUAGAGUAUUCAAUUAGAGCAAUUCCUCUUGGUGGUUUUGUGGGUUUCCCUGAUAAUGAUCCCAAGAGUGAUAUUCCCGUUGAUGAUGAGAAUUUACUGAAAAAUGGACCAAUAUUUGAUAGGGUUCUUGUUAUUUCUGCUGGGGUGAGUGCUAAUAUAAUAUUUUCCUAUGUCAUAAUCUUUGCACAAGCGUUGUCUGUUGGAUUGCCUGUUCAAGAGGCCUUCCCUGGGGUACUUGUGCCUGAGGUUAGGCCUCAUUCGGCUGCUUCGCGAGAUGGAGUACUGCCUGGUGAUAUUAUUUUAGCUGUCAAUGAUAUUGAAUAG